AUGCUUUUGGGUCUCUUCACAAUCAUUGUAGCUGCAACGAAAAAGCCAUGCCGAGAAACAACACUCAUGAAAAUUUACGAUAUCAAUAGCUUCGAAAUCGUCAACGACAAACCGGAACGCACAAAUUAUAUUUACCACUUUGCAUCACGCAUGAACCACGAGUGUCUCCCUAACAUGGCUCGAGGAAACACCAAGAAUGCUCCUUGGAUUAUCGCUAAUAAAAACGAUUCUGAGAUUCUCAGCAAGCCAAGUUUGGAGGAGAUUCAACCCGCGAAACAAGUCGAAAGCUGGUUCAAGAGUUUCUCCCAAGCAGCAGCGAAGGCCGGAGACGGAAUAACAACCGCUAUCGACAAUGAUCUUCUGCGAGGCCAAAGUACCCGGGAAUGA